AUGUUGGUCUCCUUGACCGUGGGCAAGGUCGACGCUGGUGUCGCGGUCCUGCUCACCGAAGACAAACGACUGAUAGAGUUUCCCUCGAUUCUUCUUCCUUCCUCCAUCAACUCGGGAUCGAUUGUCGAUAUCACAGUCACCCAAAACCACGAAGCCGAAGACAAAGCGCGCCAGGCAUUUGCGGCCCUACAGAGCCAGAUAUUGAAUACCUACGGCAUCAACACCCCUGCCACUCCGGUCCUACGCCUUCGAAACGCUACCCAGACCUCUCUCGUUCUGGAGUGGGAUCCUAUCUACUUGGCAACGACAACUCUCCGGUCGCUCGCUCUCUAUCGGAAUGGAAGUAAGGCAGGAAACAUUCCCAGGCCGCUGGAGAUGACAAGCACGAAAAUCAGCGGCCUGGCUGUUGAUACAGAAUACUCCUUCUAUCUGGUGUUGAAGACGAGCGGAGGCACAUACACAAGCAAUACACUGACGGUAAAGACACAUGCGAUGAACAACCUGACCGGUAUCACCGUGACCCCUGGAGUCCUGCCUCCGCAACUGAGGGAAAGCCUGGAGGAGGCGGUGAAGCGAAUCAACGCGAAGAUCGUCGACACCGUCAGAAUCGACACCACUCAUUUCAUCUGUACGGAAGGUCGAGGGCGCGAGUGGGAAAAAGCGAACGAAAUGAACAUACCGGUGGUGCGGCCGGAAUGGCUGGAAGGGUGUGAGAGAGAAGGUAGAAUCAUUGGCGUGCGUGGUUAUUACCUGGAUGCGGAUCCCAGACAGCGACAGGUCGGGUCCAAUCCGUCUCUUGCCGGAGCCCGAUCUUCUGUGGGCGCUCCAGCAACUCCUGCGGCCCAGCAAGCCAGCAUCCCGCAAAGGCCCAAAGACCCAACGCCCAAAAGUCCAGACCAAGAAAGCACCGUUAGUGGAGAGCCAGGACCCGAAGUGCGACCUCCUUCACCACCACCGAAAGACCUGCCGCCGACUCCUCCGGGGGAGAGUGGUGCUGAAGGUGAGAAUAGUGAACCAGACGAAGAAGAAGCGGCGGAGGUCAAACCAGAAACAACAGAGGAGCCCAAAGAAGAUGAGGUCGGAUCUUCUGACGGCGCGGAGAAGGAUGAAGAAUCGUCCGUGGAAGAGGAUCCGGAGCCCAAGAUCGAAAACGAGAAAGACGGCGCAGAUAUGGAAGAUGUCGCCCUGUGA